CGUCCCACACCUUCAACAAGCCGGCAUCGGUGCUCGAUCAGCACUGGGGGGUUUAACGAGCAGCUACCACGUGAACGCGCAACGGAGUGGAAGUAGGUGGGAGAGGAAGGAGCCGUAGUUUCCGAAGAAAGGAGACCGACUGAAGAUGAGUGAUGUGGAGGAAGAGGAGGACAGCCGUCCGUCCAUGAAGGGGGACGGGUCCACAGAAAGGCCUCCAGACUGCAGUGAUGAACCCUCAGACACAAAAGAGAGGAAGAGGAGUCCUUUGUCUGUGGAGGAGCAGCCGUCCUGCUGUGCUUUGUGUCAGGUCGUCCUGAAGGAUCCAGUCUCUACCAGCUGUGGACACUGGUUCUGCAGACGGUGCAUCACCUCAUACUGGGACCAGUUUGCUUCAUCAGGAGACUCCUCCUGUCCCCAGUGUGGAGAAAGAACCAGAGCUGGACUGCAGACAGCCAGUCAGAGCAGCUCUGUACAAAUGAGAGAUGGUCUGCAGGAGGUUUUAGAUGAACAUAAGAUCAGUCUGAGGAGGAGAUGUGAACGUGUGACUGAAGGAAGUGAUGAAACAGGAAGUGGAACCCUCCUCAACAGGAUCUACACUGAGCUCUACAUCACAGAGGGACAGAGUGAAGAGGUUAAUACCCAGCAUGAGGUGAGGCAGCUUGAGACAGCUUCCAAGAAGAAGACCCUCCAUGACACUCCAAUCAGGUGCCAGGACAUGUUUAAAGCCUUACCUGGCCAACAGGGAGCCAUCAGAGUGGUUCUGACCAACGGCGUCGCUGGCGUUGGAAAAACCUUCUCAGUGCAGAAGUUCACUCUGGACUGGGCAGAGGGCUCGGAAAACCAAGAUGUCGGUCUGCUGGUUCUGCUCUCGUUCAGGGAGCUGAACUUGAUCAAAGAUGAGCGGCACAGUCUCCUCACGCUGCUCCAUGUUUUCCAUCCAACAUUACAGAAGGUCCCAGCAGAGAAGCUCGCCGUCUGGAAACUGUUGUUCAUCUUUGAUGGCCUGGAUGAAAGCAGACUUUCAUUGGAUUUCCACAACAGUGAGGUUGUGUCUGAUGUCACACAGAAGUCAUCAGUCAACCUGCUGCUGACAAACCUCAUCGAGGGGAAUCUGCUUCCCUCGGCUCUCGUCUGGAUAACUUCCCGACCUGCGGCGGCCAAUCAGAUCCCUCCUUCGUGUGUCGGCAGGGUAACGGAAGUACGAGGCUUCACUGACGCCCAGAAGGAGGAGUACUUCAGGAGGAGAGUCAGUGAUGAAGAGCUGUCCAGCAGAAUCAUCUCGCACAUCAAGACCUCCAGGAGCCUCCACAUCAUGUGUCACAUCCCAGUCUUCUGCUGGAUCACUGCUACAGUUCUGGAGCACAUGUUGACUACAGAGCAGAGAGGAGAGCUGCCCAAGACCCUGACUGACCUGUACUCACACUUCCUGCUGGUUCAGAUAAAGAGGAAGAAGCACAAGUACGAUGAGGGACAAGAGAUGAGUCCACAGGAACUGAUGGAGGCUGACAGGGAGGUUCUUCUGAAGCUGGGGAGGCUGGCGUUUGAACAGCUGGAGAAAGGAAACAUCAUGUUCUACCAAGAAGACCUGGAGCAGUGUGGUCUUGAUGUCACAGAGGCCUCGGUGUACUCAGGAGUUUGUACAGAGAUCUUCAAAAGAGAGAGUGUGAUCUUCCAGAAAACAGUCUACUGCUUUGUUCAUCUGAGCGUUCAGGAGUUUCUGGCUGCAGUCUACAUGUUCCACUGUUACACCAGCAGGAACUCAGAGGUACUGAAGGACUUCCUGGGGAAAGACUGGAAAUCCAAGAAGAGUCCCUCAUCUCUGCAUGUCUUCCUGAGGAGUGUCAUAGAGAAAUCUCUUGAGAUUAAAACUGGCCACCUGGACCUGUUUGUUCGCUUCCUUCAUGGCCUCUGUCUGGAGUCCAACCAGAGACUCUUAGGAGGCCUGCUGGGUCAGACAAAGACCAGUUCAAGAAUCAUCCAGAGAGCCAUCAACAACCUGAAAAAAUUGAAGAUUGAUGAGAUCUCUCCUGACAGAAGCAUCAACAUCUUCCACUGUCUGAUGGAGAUGAACGACCACUCAGUACAUCAGGAGAUCCAAGAGUUCCUGAAGUCAGAGAACAGAUCAGAGAAGAAACUCUCUGAGAUCCACUGCUCAGCUCUGGCCUACAUGCUGCAGAUGUCAGAGGAGGUUCUGGAUGAGUUGGACCUGGAGAAAUACAACACAUCAAUCGGGGGACAACAGAGACUGAUUCCAGCUGUGAGGAACUGCAGAAAAGCUCGACUUUAUGGCUGUAGACUCUCAGAGACUCACUGUGAAGUCAUAGCCUCAGCUCUCAAGUCCAACCCCUCAAAUCUGAGAGAGCUGGACCUGAGUGGAAACGGAGAUCUGCAGGAUUCGGGAUUGAAGCUGCUGUCUGCUGGACUGGAGAGUCCAAACUGUAGGCUGGAGUGUCUCAGAUUGGCUGGCUGCAUGUUGUCAGAAAACAGCUGUGCUUCUCUGGCCUCAGCUCUGAAGUCCAACCCCUCCCAUUUGAGAGAGCUGGACCUGAGUCACAACAGGCUGCAGGAUUCAGGAGUGAAGCUGCUGUGUGGUUUUCUGGAGAGUCCACACUGUAGACUGGAGACUCUGAGAUUGUGCUACUGCAGUUUGUCAGAGAUCAGCUUUGCUUCUCUGGAUUCAGCUCUAAAAUCCAACCCCUCCCAUCUGAGAGAGCUGGAGCUGAGAGGAAAUGACCUGCAGGAUGCAGGAGUGAAGCGGCUGUCUGCUAGACUGGAGAGUCCAGACUGUAGUCUGGAGACUUUGAGAUUGAGGGGCUGCAGUUUGUCAGAGAUCAGCUGUGCUUCUCUGGCCUCAGCUCUGAAUUUCAACCCCUCCCAUCUGAGAGAGCUGGACCUGAGUGACAACAAGGUGCAGGAUUCAGGAGUGAAGCUGCUGACUGCUGGAAUGGAGAGUCCACACUGUAGAUUGGAGACUCUAAGAUUGAGGGGCUGCAGUUUGUCAGAGAUCAGCUGUGCUUCUCUGACCUCAGUUCUGAAUUCCAACCCCUCCCAUCUGAGAGAGCUGGACCUGAGUGACAACAAGGUGCAGGAUUCAGGAGUGAAGCUGCUGACUGCUGGAAUGGAGAGUCCAGACUGUAGACUGGAGACUCUAAGAUUGAGGGGCUGCAGUUUGUCAGAGAUCAGCUGUGCUUCUCUGGCCUCAGCUCUGAAGUCCAACCCCUCCCAUCUGAGAGAGCUGGACCUGAACUACAACGAGCUACAGGAUUCAGGAGUGAAGCUGCUGUGUGGUUUUCUGGAGAGUCCACACUAUAGACUGGAGACUCUGGGGUCGAGGGGCUGCAGUUUGUCAGAGAUCAGCUCUCUUGCCUUAGCUCUGAAUUCCAACCCCUCCCAGAGAGAGCUGGACCUGAGUGACAACGAGCUGCAGGAUUCAGGAGAGAAGCUGCUGACUGCUGGACAGGAGAGUCCACACUGUAGCCUGCAGAUUUUGAGGGUGGAUGACAAAGAAAACAAAUCUACACGUGACAGACAUGAAGGAUAUCCGUCUGAGGACGCCAGAGAGGAUCAGCUGUGUCCUGAUGAUCCAAGAGGUUGAAGCAGCAGCAGCUUCUGUGUGGAGAGGCUCUGAAUACAAAGGAAAAGUCAAGUUUCACUCCUGAAAUGCUGACUGACUCUGGAAAGACUUCAUACAG